AUGCUCUUGUAAAUCCCCAAUAAAAAAACAAAUCAAAUAAGGCCAUCUAUGUUUUUGAAUAAUAUAGAUUUGAACACAGUUUUACUAUCACCAAAAUUAAAUCCUUCCGAUCUUGAAAAAUCUCCCCUUAUCACUUAAUUGAAUCAUUAAAAGAAGAGACAAGUUACUAAGCUACCUGUAAUAAGAGAAAAAUCCAUAAUAUCAAUCAGUAAUAAAGAAUCACUUGAAAACACUCCUUUAAAUGAUGCUAUGGCUUAGUCAUAGUCAAUGAAGGCCACAGUCCAUUGUGGAGAAUAAUUAAAGUUACCCCAAAUAUAAUAUAUAUCACCCUAAAUCGAAUCUAAGCAUAGAAAAAAUUUAACUGAAGGUAACCUUGUUAAGAAAAGAGUUGAAUUCAGAGCUUCAAUUUUGGUGAUUGAUUUCGUUAAUUAAGUCAUGAAGAAAGAUAAAAUUGAUGGAAGUGCUAAACCACUUAUUAGGAGGGUCUAACAAAGACAGCAAACUAAAUUUUUGCCAAAAUUAGGAUGA